GCAGAGCCAACACUGGGCAACCCUCUAAAAUGUUUAUUUGGACCAGUGGCCGGGGAUCUACAUCUUACAGACAUGAUGAGAAAAGGUAAACAGCACCUGUGCUGAUUGUCUCCUGUGGGUUUGAAUAUUUAUGAGUGUGGCACUGGCUUCUCCCCAGUGGUGACACUGGAGAAGCAGGAGGGAUGCCAAGGGUGGGCAUCACAUCCCUGUGCCUCACAACCCCAGCUGCUGCUCCACCAGGCACAGGACCAGCCCAGGAGUGCCAGGGUUGCUGUGCCAAGCCAAAGCAGAGCGGAUGGGCCAUGCCAGAGCCAUGGCUGAAGUCUUCCUUGCUCUCAGGACAUCAGCAGCACACCGUGACCAUCUCUGAUUUAGGUUUCAAAGCACACAAAUCCCCAGCCACAGGCUGGCAGCCCCAAGCCCUGUGAAGCCUUCAUGCUUGUUGCAGGUGUCCUGCCUCCAGCCUUCAGCCACACCAUCCCCCAGCCAGACCACUGUCCCACACAGCUGUUGCACAUCUGGAUGGUGCCUCCAGCUGCCAGAGAUGUUUCCUGGUUAUGCAGGUGCACCUGUGAGUGUGAGCAUGUGUGUAAUACAUUGCACAGUAGCUGGGGGUUUAGCUGCUUGAAGGUGAGCUGGUGGCUCACCAGCCCACUCGAGUGGUGUCACUGGAGUGAGCAGCCUGAAGGAGACAGAGGAAUAAAUGAGUUACUGGAUCUCCCAGGAGAGCAGGGAAAUGUGCCAAAGAGAAGGAAAGGGAAGGAGAGGUUUGAAGUCCACAGAUAAAGGCAGUGCUCAGUUGGGAACAAAAGAAGUUAAAUAUCAAUGAUGAAAGAACAAUUGUCAGUAAUGCUCAGAUUCAUCCUUCCAAAAUCCCUCUCCUUUGUAGUAAGAUUUGCUGGACAGCUUGUCUUAUUACAACAAGGACACAUUUGCCUUUCUUCUCUUUCCUUUGCUCCUUUCCACCUCUCCUUCAGUUCCUCUUGCAGUCACUAUUAAAUGUAAUCACAAAAAAAAUCACACUCCAGUGAAACACAAACAGAUAUCAAUGUAUCUACAGUGCCAAUUAGCAAAAUACACUCUUCAGUAAUUCUGAUGAGGCAUUACUGUUGGCAUCUGCUUGGCAAUAUGCACUCCUGAAUUCAGGCAGCAGAGCUGCCCUCAGGACCCUGAGAUUCUUUGGAGAAUUGGCCAAUUCACUGAAUGUCUCUGCAAAGGUUGCAUAGGUGUUCAGCUCUUUGGAUUAUCUGAUCCCAAACAGAUAUUUUGAAGGCAAAAAUUCCAGCUUUUCAGCAUGAACUUUCAUUAGAGCUGGUUGUCUAAAUGCCUGCUGUACUUCUCUUAGAUUCUUCUUUAAUUGAAUUUUCCCCAGGCAAUGUCCUUCUGCAUUAGAACAGUCAUGGCCCAAGGUCAGACCCUUGAAGGAGAUAUCUGCCCACACUUUGGGCUGGCUGGAAGUUCCUGAUUAGGGCAGCCUUUGACUCUCACCAUGCCUUGAAGCCAGGCUUAUUAACUUGGGCUGAGGGCUCAGCAGAGCCAGGUCAGUACAAAUGCAGGCAGAGCUCAUCCCUGCCUGCCUGCAGAAGCAGGGAAUAGGGAACAGUAUCUCUAUGCCUACACCCCAGCCAUGGCAAAUUCAGAUAUCUUGACAAGCCUUUGGGUGGGUUUAUUUCCCAGGAGGUUCUGUAGAGCUGUACAGGACUUCCUUGUACCUUGUGAGUGAUUAAUAAAAUGCAGGAGGGAAAGGGAGGAAAAGAAGAUGGAAAUAAGAGAGUGCUGAUGGCAGCCUGAGGACUGCAGAGGAGAGGUGUGAACACAGAGCAAGUGCUGUUAGUGGGAGAAGCUCAUCCUCCAGUGUCUGGCAGUGAUUUUAACACAUGUAAGAUCACCAGUGCCAUCAUUAUAUCAAACUGGUGUGCCUUUUAGAAAAAUGACUCACCUUAAAUGACCCUUUCCUGGGAAUUUUGUUCUUUAAACUUCAGACAGGAGAUUGUCAUAUGGAUCAGCAGACUUGUCACCCAACAUAUGCUACAAGCAGAGACUUUUGAUGGGUUGCACCAUAAUAUUAACUGUACUAUAGUGAGCCACUUGCUGUAAAAGAAUCACCUCCUCCUGGGUGGAAGGCAUCUCUCAGGCAUCCUUUUUUUGUAGGAUCAGCACCAGAAUAUCUGUAUUUCAUUGCUGUUUUAGCUAUCCACAAUUCCCUGUCACAUUUUAUGCUUUGGAAAACCAGUCAAGCCCCCAUUCUUUCUCAGCUGUCAAAGAGGCUCCCCAAACCAUUGCAACCAUUAGGAAAACAAAGCAUUGGUUUGGUUUGGUUUGGUUCGGUUCAGUUUUGCCCAGCCUGGUGAAGAGGAAGGAAUUGGGUGAAUAAAUCUGUUAAUAUCUGUUGAAAUCUGCCUACAACCAUCACUGAGUCUAUUUUGAGGGCUCCAGAGACAUUUCCUGUUGCCAUAGGUCUACUAGCAAAAUCAGGUGCAGCCAAAUAUACCUGUAAAGAAAAAUGUAAAGAAAGUAGCUUCUGAGCAGAAAAAUCCCUAAACACAGGGAAUUCUGCAGGUAAGAUACAGGAGUAGUUUCUGACCAUUGCAUUCAAGGGUUUCUAAUAUCAGUAAACACCUCACCAUGAGGACAUCUUUGAGUGACAUCUGCAUAACAACUGUGAUAUCAGAGAAGAGAAUGUGAAUUCAAAGUCAUUCUGAAUAAUUCAGGCAGGCAUCCCUGUCUGACAAGCCCCACGACUGCGUGGUGCCAGAGGAGGCAAUGUCUCCCUCGGUGUCACACCAUGCUUUGUUUGCAAGAGGAAGGCUUUGAAGGUAGGUAAUCUGUGUUUGUUUGAAAUAAAUAAAGUAAUUGCAGUAAUUGCAGGUGCCUGGCUAUUCUAGCUUUCCCGUGAGGACACUUAGCACUCUUUACAGAGCUCUUAGUACUGCUCAUUUUGGAGCAGGAGAUACAGAAGGAUCUGCUGGCCACAUUGCAGAGGGAUCCCCUCACUGCUGCUGUGCAGGGACAUGGACAGGGAAAUCUCUUCUCUGUCCCCAGCAGCCACAGUCACAGCUGAGAUCUCCUCUCUGGCAUCAGAGCCUGGGGAGAGCAGCCAGUCUUCAUCCUCUGAAAAACUUGGCAGAAAGGACGUGGAAAUUCAGCAGGGGAGAACUUCAGUUUGGAAAUGAUCAGGGGCACAAAGACCUUUUGUCCUUGGGGGCUUGCUUCCUAUUAAAUGCCUUUGCACAGGUCAGGAGACCCCAUGUUCUGACAGCUGGGGCUUCUUUACAAACCAGCAGCUCCCCAGGACAUCGUACAGGGAGUUAUCCCAGGAAAUCACAAGUGUUAGAUGGAGUCACCUGAUGAACGGUGUCUGGGAUGCAGUGACCUGUACCUAAACACAGCCCAGCAGGCAGCUGACUGUGGCUGUGCAGCUCUGGGACCCAAAAUCAGCCAGCUAAGCACGGUGUAGCUCCAGCUGACCGAGCAGAGAGAGGCCCCUGAGCUGUGCCAAAAGUUCACAGGUACACGAACCCGCCUCGGCACAGCUGCACACUCAUGUCACUGCCACUCCAGCGAGGGACGUGCUGAGACUGAGCAACAUGCUCUGUUGGUGCCCAAAUAAUGGGCAAAACAUAUUGUGUUCCCCAAACCAGGGCUCAAUGGGGCAAAAAUGUGAAAUUCUGUAGCAGCAGACGUUCCCAGUAUCACACAAAGAGAACUGGCACCUCCCCAGUGCAGGCAUAAGCGUGAGGAGGAGGAGGGAGGGUUGCUCAUCGUUGUCUCCUGGGCUGUGGUAGGACUGCUGGCAUGGGCUGGCAUGUGCCACACUACCACCUGCCCCAGCAGGGCCACCAGGAUGACUCCUGGCAAAGAUUCAGAGGAAAAAAGCCUUGUGAUGAGUACCAGGUUAUCACUUUGCUUUUCAGGGCUUUGAAUAACAAAUAUUAACAAAAGAGAAGUGGUCCAAGCCUGACCUCUGAGAGCUUUCUUUAGUUUUAUUUCCUACAGUAGGUGAGCUUGGAAGAUGCACCUGGCAGGUGGUCACCAGACAGCUUUGCCAAGUAGUUUUGUUUUCACUUCAGUCCAUCCUUUUUUUGCCUCUGAUGGCAUGUCCCUUGGCUCAAGGCCACAUGGGAAGCACUUGUAACCAAUCUCAAUUAGCUAUUUGUUUUAAAAUUGUCCAUUUUAUGUCCUAUGACAUUAGUGAGUGAUUGCACUGGGCCUGUUUUAUGCCUACAUGUUGACAUAAGUUAUGCUGUGUGAUCAUUUAAUGUGCUGGAACUGCAUGACAAUCUCUGCCUUCCUGUCUUCUUCCAUUUGGGAGCAAUGCAAAUCCUAAUGGCAGCAGUUAAAUACAGUUUGAUAAAUAAUAAUAGAAAAGUAACAUUAGAUUAUUACUCUCCAUUACUUCUUUGAAGGCAAUUGCAUCUGCCAGUUUACAAUAUAUUUUUCCUCCUGAACAGCAGAGAAAAUCUUGACAGGCUGAAUUACCAUUUCAUUUCCAACUAGGAAAACACUGACAAGCUUUAAAGGAUGUUUUUGAAGAGAAGCCCUGGACAUCUAAAGAUGUAAACUACAGUUGGAUAAAAAAACCUCGAGGGUUCUUACGUACGGGAGACUAUUGACUGCAGCACCAUCUAAGCAAGAUUUUUGCUAUAAAACCCCACACCAUAUGUGCUUUUCCUGACUAUGACUCAUCAUCUAAAUAGAAAUUCAAUUCCAGUCUCAGGGAGUCUAUGAUUAAACAUAUUUUUUGCUGUUGCUUCUACUGUGUUUAUGUAUGAUUUUACAUCUGUCUUAUCUCUAUUUCUCUAUCCUUAAUAGUCAAUGUAAAUUCCCUGGUUGACCUGACUCACUGAUUUUUUUUUCCCCUCGGGUGAGUGAAGCUUGGUGGCUUCAGCUUAAACGAGUGGUGGCUUUGCUGGAGCCCAAAGUGACGUUGAUGUUGCUCACCUGCCAUUUUGCAGACAGUAGAAGAGGAACUCCUCCCACGUGUACUACUGUGUCCAUGUUAUGGUGGUGCCAGGGCUCAGAGGUGUGCGGUUCACAUGCUUCGGGUGCUGCCUGGAUGAUUCAAAAGAACCAUAACAGAAAACACAGGAGAUUUUGACCAGCCUCAGAAAUGGCUGUAAUUAAUUUUGGAGAUGAAUAAGUUUCCACCAGGUCAGAGUGAAUCCAUUGAAAAAGGACACCUGAGGACUUUUAAGCCUUUCUCUCCCAUGAGAUGGGCAUGGAGGUGGAACUUCCCACCCUGUAGAGGCUGCAUUGAUGAUUAAAUAUGAACUUCACAUAUGAAUGUAUUGUUUUCAACCUCAGAAAUAUUUACCAAAAAAUCAGGGAUCACGACCUACUGGACAAAAGGAAAACAGUCACAGCCCUGAAAGCUGGAGAAGACCGUGCCAUACUCCUCGGGCUGGCCAUGAUGGUGUGCUCUAUCAUGAUGUACUUCCUGCUGGGAAUCACGCUGCUACGCUCCUACAUGCAAAGUGUCUGGACAGAAGAGACUCAGUGCUCACUUCUCAAUGCAUCCAUCACAGAAACCUUUAACUGCUCGUUUAACUGCGGCCCAGAGUGCUGGAAAAUCUCUCAGUACCCCUGCCUGCAGGUGUAUGUUAAUCUCACCUCUUCUGGCCAGAAGCUUCUACUUUACCACACCGAGGAAACAAUGAAAAUUAAUUCUGAGUGCUCGUACAUCCCCAAGUGUGGGAAGAAUUACGAAGAAUCCAUGUCCCUGGUGAACGUGGUGAUGGAAAACUUCAGGAAGUACCAACGCUUCUCCUGCUUCUACGACCCCGAGGGCGUCCAGAAGAAUGUGAUCUUAACCAAACUGUACAGCUCCAACGUGCUGUUCCACUCCCUCUUCUGGCCCACCUGCAUGAUGAUCGGUGGGGUCGCCAUCGUCGCCAUGGUAAAGCUGACUCAAUACCUUUCCCUGCUCUGCGAGAGAAUCCAAAGGAUCAGCAGAUAGGAAAGGAGACUUCUCUGAGAUUUAAUUACAGUGAAAAUACUGUUUUUUCUCAUUCUUCACCAAAGAACCUUAAGUUUGUAAUGUGCAAGUCUGGUAUAAGUUCUAUAUUCUUCUAAGUAGAGCAAUAAUGCAAAAGCUGUUCUAUAUGCAAACAUGAUGUUAUUAUUAUGCAGACAAAUGAAAAAGUUACUGUUUUGUGUUGAGCGUCUCUAUGAUCUUGUUUUAAGCUGGGAUUAGUACUUUCUUUUCUACAGCCAAGAUAGGGCUCAUUGUGACCAUUGGCCAAGCUUUAGUCAAUUGAUGUUUUUGGUGUAAAAGAUUCUGGGGAAAUUCCCUGCUGGACAAAGGGCAGCCGACCACUUGUGCAUCAUUGAGGUCUCACACCUGGCUCAGUCCAUUCAAUGGAUUUGUGGCUUUGGUUUUUUUUUAAUAUUGGCAGGGUGAAUAAAGCAUUAAUUAGGGUUUUUUUACGGUAAGAUGGCACCAAAAGGAUGUAUUUUGAGUUUGGGAUAAGCAGACAGUAUUUUCAGCCUCAGCAGGACUUGGUGAUGCUUUGUGUUUGCUCCCUCAGUUCAGAAGUCAAUUGUACCCUAUGGUGUUUAUAAGGUCUAUUGGAAAACACUUUGGAGUUUUAUUUUGUGUAGUGCUAUAAUUUUCUUCUGUCUUAUCGAUAUAAUUUUUGUCACUUGAAGAAGCUGUAGCCAAAAAGCAAAAAACACCUUGUUCCAUUUUGUAUUCUAGUCUGAGCCCUAUUGAUGGAGGUGGGACCAGAACUCCUUAUGUAAAGGUUUAUUAUUCAUUUGUCUUGUAUUUGCUACCAUAUCACUGUAAAGAAAAAAAUAACACUAUCAGCUAUUUUUUCAUUUUUUACUUCCAACUAUUUUAGAUUUUUUUACUUGAUAUAUAUACAGAUAUAUAUAUAUAUAAAGAAAAAGAUAUAUUAUAUCUAGUUGUGUAUUGAAACUUGUUUAGGGGGGUUUUUUUCUUUGUUUUUACCCACUGGAAAAUGAAUAGUACAACUCAUGUAUUUGUAACCUUCGUCCUUGGAUAAUAUCAUAACAUGGAGAAACAGCACUGCAGGAUCUUAUCCAAUAUUCAUGAUGUUGUUUCAGUCAAAGGUCUCUGUUGCUAUGACAUGGGAAAUGACAAAAAUCUCAUCCAAUUCUACGGCUCUAUUAACUGAAUUGUUAGAUAAUCAUCAUAACACAUUUGGAAAUCUCUCCUGACCUUAACUCACUAUGCAGUGCUGGCUGACGUGAAUUUUUAUUUACAAGACCCAGGUGCAAUGAUUUAUUGGAAAAACUGAGAAUCUGUCAAAAUUGUUGUCCUAUCUGUCAAAUAUUUACCACAGUAUACUUGCCAGUUUAAUUUCAUACACACUGUAGUCACAAUUUCUGCAUAAUUUACUUUUAUUCCCCUAUAGAAAACAUUUCUUUUUAUGUUUUAAAGACACCUCUCUCAGUUCCUCAUAUUGCACCCGGCCUGAAGGACAAACACAAGGCACAUCCUGGGAGCAAUCCUGUGAACUCAUUAUCCAAUAGCUCAAAGAAACCAUAAUACAGGUCUACUCAAACCAAGGAAAUAACAAUUUCCCUUCAAAAAGACUGCAAAUCAAGUAUUCUGCCUAGUUCAUCUAUAUAUAUAUAUAUAUAUAUAUAAGUACCUUUCCUCAUCAUAGCAUUAAAAAUUUCAAGAUGUUACAAAACAAGUCAUGCAAGUGUAAUGUGAGCUGUAAAAAAAAAAAAAAAGAGUUCUCAGCAGUGAAAAUAAACCUGCAAUCUUGUAA